AUGUAUUACUGUUCUCACCUUUUUCAGAAAAAACAUGAAGCCGUGCCGAGGCAGACCCAUGGUGAGAGGACAGUGAAAUUGGCAAGCCGUCCAUCUUCCGCCGGUCGCCUGGCCGGGGAGGCCUGUCAGUACUUGAAGCAUUACGAGGCGGAGCGCGCCGGCGGCUACCCCCAGGUUCAGCGUCCCUCGCUGUUGGCUUACGCCGAGUACAAGGACCGGGUUAGAAGCAGCUGCUCGAAAGUGGCGCAGGCCCAUGGUGAGAGGACAUUGAAAUUGGCAAGCCGUCCAUCUUCCGCCGGUCGCCUGGCUACUCUUCCGGGCCAGACGCUGCCAGUCCAUGGUGUCAAGACCAUCGUCCCAACUUCCAAGGUGGAAAUUCCACUACCUCGUCUCUGA